UCAGUUUCAACUCAACUUUGAUCGAAACCUGUUCACGUAAAAAUUUCAACAAAAAUGGGCUUGACUUUGUACUAUUUGCCUGAAGGACCUCCAUCUCGCGGCGUCUUGUUCCUCAUCCGUUAUUUGAAUCUCGAUGUCGAACUGAAACUUUGCCGAACGUACAUGGAAGAGCACAAAGACCCCAAUUACAUGAAAAUGAAUCCGUGUCAUACGGUGCCCGUUCUCGUUGAUGGUGACCUUGUUUUAAUUGAUUCGCAAGCCAUCGGAAUCUAUUUGAUCGAACAAUAUGGCUCGAAAUCGAAUUUGUUCGGAGCUGAUGUCAAAGAACGAGCUUUGAUCAACCAACGACUUUUCUUCAACUCGAAUUUGUUCGAUGAAGUCAAACAUUUGGUCGCUCCGAUCAUCUACGAAGGUCAAAAGAAGUUGGAUGACAAGCAACUUGCCAAAGUCAUGGAAAUGAUUGGAUUUAUGGAAACGUUUUUGGAAAAAUCGACUUUUAUCGCUUUGGAUAAAGUCACUGUUGCCGACAUGUAUUUGGUCAACAAUAUUUUGAGCUUUUUGCACUUGGGAUUCGACUUCAGUAAAUUCAAGAAAAUCCUUGCUUGGGUCGAUCGCAUGAGACCAUUGACGGGAUUCAAGGAAUGCGAUGAUGGAGCAAUAGCGCUUUCGAAGUUGGUGUUGCCCAAGUUGCAAUAAACAGAAUUAAAUUUGUAUUCAGAAUAAAUUAAUUUCUUAAUUGUUUGGAA